GGCGGCGACUCCCGGCGGCGGCGAGAAGGGGCCGCCCGCCCGCCGGCCCCAAGAGCGGUGGCUGCGCUAUGGGCAGGAGGAGCCGGCGGGCAGCCGACAGCUCGUCCUCGGGGGAGGAGGAGGAGUAUGUGGUGGAGAAGGUUCUGGACCGGCGCGUGGUGAGGGGCCAGGCCGAGUACCUGCUCAAGUGGAAGGGCUUCUCCGAGGAGCACAACACGUGGGAGCCCGAGAAGAACCUGGACUGCCCCGAGCUGAUCUCGCAGUUCCUGCGCAAGGACCGCAGGAUGAGGGACAUGAGGGACGUCAGGGACAGCGAGGGGACGCGGCCCCGCGAGCGCCCCGAGGGCGCCAAGCGCAAGGGACUGCCCGGGGAGGACCAGAGGGCCAAGAAGAAGAGGGAGAGCAACGACAUCGCCCGCGGCUUCGAGCGGGGGCUGGAGCCCGAGAAGAUCAUCGGGGCCACCGACUCCUGCGGGGACCUCAUGUUCCUCAUGAAGUGGAAGGACACGGACGAGGCCGACCUGGUGCUGGCCAAGGAGGCCAACCUCAAGUGUCCCCAGAUUGUCAUCGCGUUCUACGAGGAGCGCCUGACGUGGCACGCGUACCCCGAGGACGGCGAGCCCAAGGAGCGGGACCCCCCCCGCAGCUGAGCCCCCUCCCCCUGUACAGACCCCCGGCCCCGUCCCU